CACAUUUACAUUUAAUGAUUUACAUUUAAUGCUUAGAUUUUAUCGAUUAACGUUCAGAUAACCCAUGGCAUGAAUGGUUCUAUAAUGCAUCUGUUAAAUAACAACGAUUUCGUUUAAAUGCUGACAUCAAGUAAAAUGGGUGUAGCAGAGAAUUCAACCAAGCCAAGCAGGAAGCGUAAAUCUGCUGCCAUUGUGACUUCAUCCAAACAGGAUGAGGAGGAACCUUCAGGAAAGAAGCAGAAGAAGAAAGAAAAAACAGUUGUUGCUCAGGCAGUAAAUCGUGAAGAAACCAUCAGCGAUGCAGUGCCGUCUCCCAAACGCGAACAUAAAUACUCAGCAGAAGAAACGGCAGAAUGGAAGAAGAGGAAAGUUUAUUUUCAGAAGAUGAAGAUGCAACAACCAAAAUUGUUUCUAAAUGAGAAUACACCAAAAAUGAAUGGUAACCACAUCGCAAACAAUGGCAGCAGCACGGAAAAGAGUGUAGAUUCACCAAAGAUAAAAGUGCCAACCAUAUUUAAACGAAAAGAUCCAAUAACACUCACAGAAGUCUUGUAUCUUCUCCAGUAUGGACUGCUAGGGAACUCUGCAAGUUUUCCACCAAGUUGGUGCAAGCUACUGAGGGUUGGUAAGAUCAAGAAGGUCGUCUUUAUCAUUCUGAAUGGUGUUACCAGCCGAAUCUACAGGAGAAAGAGACAUUGCUUCCCAAACAUAGCUUCUAAAUCCCUUUCUACCAAAGUCAUUCCAGCUCUCAGUUACUUUGCCAUGCUCCAAGAUGUUCUAUCUACCGUGAAAAGCAACACCAAGUUCAGCCUUCACAAGCAUAGGAUAAUAGCAGCUAUGAAAUAUGAGAAAGCAGUCAAGGAGAACCAGGUCGAAGAAGAACUGAAAUUGAUUGAGGGAAAGGCUGAAAAUGGCAUUGUGGAUGGAGCACCGCAGCCAGGGAAGACCCACUACCUAGUCAGCAGGGAGGAGAUGGAGAGUAGGGGCUACCCCCGUCCGGGUGACGAGGGGUGUGUUCACACCAGGAUUGUGGAGCAAGUCACUGAUCAGAGCCCCAUCAUAGGCAUUGACUGUGAAAUGGUGAUAACGACUGCUGGUACUGAGCUAGCUAGGGUCUCUCUCACCGAUGACAAAGGGAAGAUGCUCUACAACUCACUGGUCAAACCAAUAAACCCUGUCAGGGAUUAUGUGACCAGGUAUAGCGGGAUCACCAAGAAGUUGCUGGAGCCUGUUGAGACCCGGCUGGCCGACGCCCAGAAGGCUGUGAUAGAUGUCCUACCAAGGGAUGCCAUCCUGGUAGGACAGGGACUAGAGAAUGAUCUCAGAGCUCUGAAGAUCUAUCACCCUCACUGUGUGGAUACUAGUAAUAUGUUCACUGCAUCGGGAAGGAGAGUCAAGCUGAAACUCCUAGCCAAGGAAUACCUCAAUCGUGAUAUACAGUGUGGUACAGCUGGUCAUGACUCUGUAGAAGAUGCUGCAGCAGCCAUGGAUCUCUUCAAGCUCAAACUAGCCAAGGGGGAUAAGCUCAGAACCUACUACAGAGAAUGCAAUGCUGGACCUGUCUUUGCAGCAAGAGAGAGUAUAUUUGAGAUAGCCCAGGAGCAGGGGAAGAAAGUAACUGCUGUUGACACCCGAUUCACACUCAAGAAAUUCAAGAAAGAGCCUGUCAGCUGUAACGUCUGCUUCAAUGAUAAAGAGAUCUGCAAGAAAGCCUGUAAUGCACUCUCCACCUCAGACUUUGUUUACAUGCAAUUUCAUGGUUAUAACAAUCUAACUCAAGGCAACACGGUGGAUGAAGCAGAUACAGAGACGACCCUCUCCCUAAUGGACGAACGAGUAGGCACGGUAUUGGACGCCCUUCCAGACAACUCCUUACAUGUGAUCCUUAUGCCUGGGACUACAGAGAUGAGAAAGGUCAAAGAUCCCAAGCGAGGCGACUACAAGAUGAGACACGGCAGAUGCGUCAUUGGUCUGAAGCUAGAAGAAAUCACAUACCCAGGAAACAGAUAACAGUGACUUACACUGAUGAGGAAACAUAUAUUAACUUUUACAUUUGGACAGUAGCCUUACCGGUACUCUUUUAUUUUUCAAAUAAGUACAGGUAUCAAGAAGAUGAAUGGUAUGCCAAGACAUCUAUUAAAGACAUUGUGGUUCACCAAACACAAAAUGCUUAAGUGCGUCGUGGUCUAGAUAGGAAAUUGUUACCCCAAGAUUAGUACUGAAGUCUUGAGCUAUUGGUGAAGUGAUGACCAACUUGCGUUACAGAAAAGGAGCUCUGCAUCUCUGCUGUUGGAUAAGAUGGAUAACUCUGAUUUCUUUGAUUUUUUUAAAAAGCAUAUGAAUACAUAUUUACAUUUUUAAAUAGUAAAAUACAUAAAGUGCCUUUGAACAGUUACAAUAUUAUUCUCUCCACCCCCCCCCCCCCGACCUUUUUUUUCGCUCUCUCUCUCUCUCUUUCUCUUGCUCUCUUUCACUGUAGUUAAUCAUUCGCAAAGCAUAUAUCUUGAGAAAUUGCAUUUGCAAGUUAUCAACCAUAUCUUUCUCUCUCUUUCUUUACCUUUUCUUGAACAAGAUUUGGUAUGCAAUAAAGGACAUAUAAUACACCUGUA